AUGGCUGUCAUAACCCCUGAGCUGCGAUUCUCCCUGAGGGAGAGCGCUAGCACUAGCCAUGAGCGCGACAGAGGUAGCGAGCAUCCAGGUGAAACCUGCCAUAUGAUCGUGUUUGGUGUGUUGGUAUAUCCUUCGAGUCUGCGAGGGGAGUGA